CUCCUUCCCGCCCCCCUCCCUCCCGGUGGCGGCGGCGGCGGCGGCGGCUCCGGUCCGGGCGCGGCCGGGCGGGAUCAUGGCGGACGGCGUGGACCACAUCGACAUCUACGCCGACGUGGGCGAGGAAUUCAACCAGGAAGCUGAAUAUGGUGGACAUGAUCAGAUUGAUUUAUAUGAUGACGUAAUUUCUCCAUCUGCGAAUAAUGGAGAUGCCCCAGAAGAUCGUGAUUACAUGGAUUCUCUCCCACCAUCUGUUGGGGAUGAUGUAGGUAAAGGAGCUGCACCAAAUGUUGUCUAUACAUAUACUGGAAAAAGAAUUGCCUUGUACAUUGGAAAUCUUACUUGGUGGACAACAGAUGAAGACUUAACUGAAGCAGUUCAUUCACUGGGGGUAAAUGAUAUUUUGGAGAUAAAAUUUUUUGAAAAUCGUGCUAAUGGCCAGUCUAAAGGGUUUGCCCUUGUGGGUGUGGGAUCAGAAGCAUCCUCCAAAAAGUUGAUGGAUUUAUUGCCUAAAAGAGAAUUGCAUGGGCAAAAUCCUGUUGUGACUCCAUGUAAUAAACAAUUCCUGAGUCAGUUUGAAAUGCAGUCAAGGAAAACCACACAGUCUGGCCAGAUGUCUGGGGAAGGUAAAGCUGGUCCCCCAGGAGGAAGCUCACGAGCAGCAUUUCCACCUAGUAAUAGAGGGCGAGGUCGUUUUCCAGGUGCCAUUCCAGGUGGAGACAGAUUCCCUGGACCAGCAGGGCCAGGAGGGCCACCACCACCUUUCCCAGCUGGACAAACUCCCCCACGUCCACCUUUAGGUCCUCCUGGCCCACCAGGCCCACCAGGCCCUCCACCUCCUGGUCAGGUCCUCCCACCUCCAUUAGCUGGACCUCCUAAUCGUGGUGACCGUCCACCACCACCAGUUCUGUUUCCAGGACAGCCUUUUGGUCAGCCUCCACUUGGGCCACUUCCUCCAGGUCCUCCACCACCAGUACCAGGAUAUGGGCCACCACCAGGUCCACCACCACCUCAGCAGGGUCCACCUCCACCUCCCGGUCCAUUUCCCCCUCGUCCGCCUGGCCCUCUUGGGCCGCCCCUGACUCUUGCACCUCCUCCACAUCUCCCUGGGCCACCUCCAGGUGCUCCACCACCUGCACCACAUGUGAAUCCAGCUUUCUUCCCCCCACCUGCCAAUAGUGGCAUACCUACUUCAGACAGCCGUGGCCCACCUCCGACGGAUCCAUAUGGCCGACCUCCACCAUAUGACAGAGGUGACUAUGGGCCACCUGGAAGGCGUUUCACUGGAAAUAACAUGUCCAUAAGAGAAAAAUUACAUAUUCCAUUCUAUGGGAGGCACACGAAAAAUAAUACUCAAAACUCAGGGAGAGAAAUGGAUGCUGCAAGGACACCUCUAAGUGAAGCAGAAUUUGAAGAAAUCAUGAAUAGAAAUAGGGCGAUCUCAAGCAGUGCCAUUUCGAGAGCUGUAUCGGAUGCCAGUGCUGGGGACUAUGGAAGUGCUAUAGAGACCUUGGUAACUGCCAUUUCCUUAAUUAAACAGUCCAAAGUAUCUGCGGAUGAUCGCUGUAAAGUACUUAUUAGCUCUCUUCAGGACUGCCUUCAUGGAAUUGAGUCCAAGUCUUAUGGUUCUGGAUCCAGAAGACGUGAGCGAUCCAGAGAGAGGGACCACAGUAGGUCACGAGAAAAAAGUAGGCGCCACAAAUCACGUAGUAGAGAUCGUCACGAUGACUAUUACCGGGAAAGAAGCCGUGAAAGAGAGAGGCAUCGUGAUCGUGACAGAGAUCGCGAUAGAGAACGAGACAGAGAGAGAGAAUAUCGUCAUCGUUAAAGAAGCAUCUGACAUGGACGUAGGUAAGUAACAACAGGUAACUGGUCUUGGGAGGGAGGGAGUAUUUGUGUGACUAUCUUCUGCAGUUUGCAUGCUGCCUUUUUAAUUUUAGGUGGUAUUAAUGUUUGCGGUUUUUAUGAAAUGUGAUUGAACCAAUUCUUAAAAAAGCAGUAAGCCAGACUGGUAAGUCUGCUCUCUGUAAUCUUAGAAGAUUAUAUGAAAUUUAUGGUUGUAUUUCUUAUUUAAAAUAUUUAAUUUUUUAUUUAAAAUAUUAAUUUUGUGUUUUAAAAUCUCUUUGUGUAAGGACUGCAGCAUUUAGCCCUUCAUAUGUCAUGUGUGGAUUAUUUCAAUUUAGGGAACACGUGUAUAUACAGUUGCUGUCCUUGCACAAGUAUGGCGGUGGGGUUUUUUGGGUUUUGGUUUGGGUUUUUGGUUUUUUUUUUUUUCCCCAGUGAGUUUUACUCAAAUUCAGGAAAUAUAGCCAGACUUUGCUCUUUAUUUUAUGACGUGACCUGUCAGUAUCUUCUGCCUUAUAGCUAAAUUCAGGUGUUAUCUUCAAUAAGAUUUAUGAUCAGUUGUUCCCUACCACCCUGAUUUUUCAUUCCCUCCCCUCUUUGACAGUAAAGUCAUUUUAUGAAGACUAGUAAACAAAUGUGUGACACAAGGAUUGUUUCUUUUCUGGUUGUUCACAAACUAAUGUGUUCUUUUAUCGCGUAUAUCCGCAGUCUUGCAUGCAUCAAAUGUCUAGAUAGCUACAGAGUAGCAUGCUAAAUAAUGCUUUUUUCAGUGUGCUGCUGAGAGCUUUAAAAUACAUAGAAAUGUUCAUCACAUUAUAUAAUGUACCAUUUUGAGGAUUGGGAAUUCAAGCUACCCAUGAUUCCUUACAUUUGACAAUUGGAAAAACCCCUACCUAUUCUUUUGUCUGCAGUGGUCUUUUCCCUUUUUAGAAGAACUUCCCACUACAUCUACAUUAAAAUUGAAGCUUGCAGACUUGCCUGGCUGCCCAACUUCCAUUUCUUACAUUUACCCUCAGGUUUAGUUUCUGGAUUUGCAUGUGGUAUUUAUUCAUGGAAGUUCAUUUAGAGAAGCUAAAUGGAGCAAAAGCUUUUAGAAAUCAUAUAAAAUGUAGUAUAGUCCUAAGUGAAAAUAUGAUUUUGUAUUAGUUAAAUGUCAGUUUUUCAGUCGGGUUUUUGUGUCACCGACUCCUUUGGGAGAGAACAAACUGAUACUAAAUGCUGUAGUCUAUUGAGUAUUAAGUGGGUUGUUGUCUUGGGUUCACAUACUAACAGGGGAUACACGAAGCAGUAACUGACCUAGAGAAGGGGAGUCAAAGGCUUAAAUAGGAAGGUGAGAUGUGGCAGCUGAAAUGAAGUUGGCAGUAUAUAUCUGUUAAUGCCACUUUUUGCCAUAAAAAAUGGAUUGGUAGAAAUAUUUCUGGAAUUGCAUAAAAAUAGCAACUGUGGUUCUUAACUGUAAAAUAUCAGAGCAUAAAAAUCCAGAUUUAACAAAAGUGAAUGUAGUUUCUUUUGUUGAACUGGAUUUUUACUUUUUGUCAUAAAUGAGUAUUUGUGAUAUUUGCAAAUAGCUGUUACUAAUAGGAGGUAAUCAUUGAGCUGAGUGAUGGAUGCAUUUCCAGAGUGUUUUCCUUCUGGUGGAGAUGAGCGAGCCAUACUAAAAAUUGUUAAUAACCUGGAAUUUAAGAUUUUUUUUUUUUUUUUACCCUUGGCAUACUUUAUUAAUCUAGCUUUAAUUUUUGUGUAUUUAGUGUUGUGCAUGUAGAUACGGAGUGUCUGUGCCAAGUACAGAUUCCCUACCCUGUCACCCCAAGAAAACAUACCAAAUAGCAUUAGGUUGCAUUUUAUAAUUUCCAAAGCAGUUUUAAAAUGAGACUGUGGUUUCAGUCUUGUUCGGGUGGGAUUUAUAUAUGCAACAUCCUUCAACUUUGUUGUGUGCUGGGACUUCUCUUUUCUUUCAGAAGGGUUGCGUAGGUAAGGUUCCCUUGUGCAAAGAAGAAAAUAGGUCCCAAGAACUUGAUUUAAAGGGCAAAUUUAGUAUUCUGCAUGUAAAUGAAAGCAUUUGGUAUUUUUUUAAAGUUAAGUUGUAAACAUUUUGUCUUGUUACUGUCUUAAUGAAGAAGAGCUUUAUUGUAGUUUUGGUUUUAUAUAUUUAUACACACACACAUAUAUAAAGGAAAUAGAGUUAUCUCCUGGUUUGUAUGUUUCAUUUUCACUAAGAUGUAUGUUGCCAUACAUUUUUUUGUUUCGUUCUUUACAUUGGUUAAUAUUCAUAAACGGAUUUAACAGUCUCAGUCAUUUAAUAAAUAUCAGCAGUGCUGAAAAGAGUUACUCCCCAUAUUACUGUGUUUUGCCAGAUAACAUGAAGUUGCCUCUGUGCCUGCACCCUAUGAAUGGCACCUAUACUUCUCCUUAUUGUGUACCUAUAGUCAUAACUGUGAUACUGUACUGGCAUUUUUUUUUUUUAAAGUGUUACACAUCUAGUUUAGAAGGAUUUUAAAGGUCCAUUGUGAACAUUUUUGUAUACAGUGAUAUUCAGUUUGUACUGUAUUACAUUUAUAGAGAUAACUUACUAAAUGUGUUUAUAAUAAUAAAACUCUAUUAAAUAAAGUUUAGAUGUACCUUAGCAGGUAUUUACACUUCUGUUUGUACACUUCAUGAUGUAAAAUUAAAUUCUUGCAAGAUUUUUUGUGCCUUCACUUGAGUAAGGUUUUAUGUACAUCGAUAAUCCAUUCUACAGAAUUACUAUAAACUGAAUGUUUCCUUGAAACAUCUUGCCUUUGCUUGUAGAAAGCCUAUAGAUAUAAAAGAGAACAAUGGAUUUAAGACAAAUGUCUAACCUGUAUUAGUCAAGAAAACUAAGAAUCCAACAGAAUGACGUUUAGAAGGAUUAAAAACAAAAUUAGUGUACAAACAGAAUAGUAAUGUAAAUUCAUCAGCAUGAGUCCUGACUUUUUUUAGACAGAAUUUUAUUUUUUUAGUUUAACUGAUACUCAAUGAUGUAUUUCUAGCUGAUACGUUGUCCCAAUCUUAAUCUGUCUGAAUUUCUAUAACUGCUGAAUGUUAAAUUUUUCAUUUUAUGUUUUUGUUAUUGGGUUGAUUGAUUAUUUCCUAUUUAAACUGGAUUUGGACUGAAUUGCAAAGACAAAACCACAGCAUUGUAACAGUUGAUAUGUAUGUAGACUUUGUACUCCAUAUUUCAUGUUUUUUCUCUGAUUUUUCUGCUCUCAAACCACUGUAAGCAAAAUAAUUUGAAGUUGGAGGCUCACAUGCUUCUUCAAAACCUGCUCUCAGCUCUCUCUGAAAUAGUUUCAGCUUUGGAGUGAUCUAUCUAAGAACUAACAUGGUUGAAAUUUUUUUGGUGUCAGUAGGAGGGGAAAUGGUACUGAUAGUUAAAGUAAGAUUCAUUAUAUUUUGCUUGUAUAAGUAGGAACUGUCCUGUAACAGUGUGUUAGCAACCACUUAAACAUCAAGUGAAGUAUGAAAUUAGCCUUUUAAGAAACCUUGUUAAUUAAUAGGAAAAAUGUCUAUUUUUGUAAGUUACUUUAAUAAUAAGCUUCUAGGUAAUACUGGAAUUUUAAGUGAAUCAUGUGGUAGCAUUGUUCAAGACCUGGGUAUAUGUACCUGUCUAGGAUUAUUUCAGAUCUUCUUAGUAUUAAGCUAUUAUGAACAUUAUCUACCUAAUCUCUCUUUUUUAAAAUGUGUAUUUUUGAGGAAGCACAUAUGUGGGGCUGGCACUAUUCUACUGCAUCUAGCAUUCAUCAGAGAAAUAAUGAUUUCUGCAUCUGAUUCAGUAUUUGAAAUCCACCAUAGAGUGAAAGAGGCAAGCAGUGCCACUGUUUUAUGUGCUGCUUAAAGUAUUUUAUGGCUACUCUGGUGCUUUAUAGAAACAUAUAGCUUGUUUCUUAAUGUUUAGUGAUUUCUCAUUUUCUUGAGGGUGGUAAGAUGGUUUGAAAAACAAACUGAAAAUCUUAUGCCAUUGUUUAUUUUCAAAUGCAUAACUGCAUAACUUCUAUUAAUUUUUUUCCAUGAACAUGUUGCUGUAAUUUUGUUGUCCUCUGAGGUGUCUUUAGACACGCUUGUAUUUUCGUGUUCCCCACAUCCUGUGCUUUUUUCUUUUGUUUGUGAAAUCAGUAGUUUUGACAAAUUUGAGCUUGUGAAAGUUCCCCAAGAAACUUUAAAGCUUUAUAGUAUUUGAAACAUAAAGAAGUUACUUGCAAGUGAAAAUGUUGGUUUGAUGCAGUGUUCUCCAAAGAAUGAAAAAAUUCUGUUUUUUCCUUUUGCUCAUUGUGGUUUGAGAACUAAGAUUUCUUUUUACAAAAAAGAAAAAGAGAGAGAGAAAUGAGAGAUCUUCAUUUUUAUGUUUUCCUGUGGCAGCCUGAUCUACCUUUUUAUGUCUUCCUCAUAUAUUAAUGUGAAAGACUUGCCAAUAAUUCACAUCUUUUUAAUUUGUAAACUAAAGAUUGAGUUUUCCGAACACACUCCUCUGUUCAUCAGUUAUUUUUGGUGAAUACACAGGCAGGGAUAGUAGGAGAAAGACAUACAAUGAAUGAAACUAGUUUGGGACCAUUCUUCUUUUUCCCAUGUAAAAUUAUUUAUAAAAUCAGGAAAUUGUUCUAGUGUUGAUAUUAAAUUAUACACUAAGAUUGAACAAAGAUGCCAGGUAAGUACACUAAUAAUGGGGGGGGGGGGGGGAAUAUGCAACAAAUGGAAGAAGGUGCUAGUGGUGGUAAAAUAAUCUGUUUGUACAUGUAUGAUGAACAGAGUUGCAUAUGUAUCUCAGCUUACAUGCAGAAAGACAAAUAUAGGGUCAAGCUUGAAAUUCCUUCUUUCUCACUGUAUUAUAGCUAAAGCAUCACAGUAUUUGGAGAUUUGUGAUGUUCUGGAAUGUAGGUUAAGUUAAAACAAAUCUUGGCUUUCAAGCUAAUACUUUCUGUGGGAUUUUUGCUUUGUGUAUUUUUUUCUUUAUGUAUAGAAUAAAAUAAAAUAAAGGAGAAUUACAUGAAGUAAUUCUUAGGAGCUAUUAGGAUAUAAUGACAAGUGUGUAUCAUGCAUUUUACUGAAAUGUGAACAUGUUGGGAGAUUGAAAUUCAAUCCCUGAAAAUAUCAGAAGUUACACUACGAUAACAAAACUUGACGGGUGUAUGCACAUACAGCUUUAAACUACGGUAGAAUUUUCACACUUCUAAAAGCUGUUUAAAGCUUUUAUAUGCUUAUUUGGAUAAUUGGAAUUAAAGGGGAAAAAUCAGUUGCUACUGCAAGAUGCUUUAUAUAUAAGAAAUCUAUUGGGUUUUGUUGUAAGAGUCUGUGGAAAAAAAAGUGCUCAAGUUGCAUCUUGCAUAAAUACAAAAAUGUGUGAUCACUUAAGUUCUGGGAUUUCAUUUUUGAAAUGUUCUGGCAUAAAACCCUAGCUUUUAAACCACAAAAUAACUAUUAACAGAUAAGUCUGAAAUUUGGGGUUUAUUAGUAGAAAUGCUGAGAAACCGAUUGCUGUAUGGUGUUAAAUUCUACAAACCUAACACAUGCUUGGGACAGAUAGCUUAUACGAGCUUGAGGCAGAUGGAAAACAGCAUUGCCAAGAAGUAUUGACUAGAGAUUUAAUCUUUUUUUUUUUUUUUUUAAAUGUUUCUUACUUCAAUAUUCUACUUGCUUGUAGAAUACUGAAAAGGGCUGAGCAUGAAGGUAUAAUCCAUACAGAUUUAUUUCUUCCUUUUGGAACCACAAAGGCUUCCGGUUUUGCCAAGAACAGUGGCAGAAUACUUGGAACCAAAAUGUACACCACUUUGGAUUUUAGUUGGUCAUGUUUUUUAAAAUGAAGGUUCAGUGUGGUGCUGACCAUGUUAAGAGCCCUAUAAUGAAAAGUAUUAAUCCUAAGUCCAGUUUAUCAUGCAUUCUUUAAAGUUCCUGUAGUUCCAUAAGUACCCUUACAAAUCUAGCAAAUUAUUCCCAGGAACUGAAGCUUUCUUAUGCUAGUAUUAUAAAUCAUAUAUAUGUUGCUUUGGAUCUGUUAACUGUCGCCAUAGAAGUGAUAAAGAUCCAUUAUUCUUGCCACAGCAAUUGUAUGAUGAGAGCAGCAAAUUCUGACAUGCAGUCUCACAGCUGUCAUAUACUUCCUUUCUCCACUUAAAAAACUGAGAUUCUCCCCUGUCUGUCUGUGCUAACUUAGCUCGCAACUCUGAACACAUCUUCUUGUGGAGGCAGCACUUUGUCACUUUGCUACUAAUUAAUUUUAAAUGUACAUAACAGCUAUGGAAAUUUUGGUCUCUGGGGAAGGAACUUCCCCAAAAGUAGUUACUGGAUGAUACAUUCAUGAUUUGGGAACAAAGUCUGCGAAUAAGAAAAGAAAUUCUGAUCACUGCUUUGGAUUUGAGUUAGUUUAUGUGCAUACUGUAGUGUAUAGAGCCUACUUGGUUAUACAUUUUUUUUAAAGUUGUUAUUAACAGUCACUUUGAGGAAAGGAAGAAGUGUGUCAACUGCUUAUGCAAAAAUUGAGUGCUUUGUUUUCCCAACUGCUUUGAAAGUAUUAUAGUUGAAGAAUAUUUGACAGCUGUGUACUGGUGCACGUUCAUGAAAUUGCUCCUCUAAAUGUCUUGUUUUUCAAAUGAACAAUUUAAUGUGUUGGGUUUUUGAACAAUUUGAUUUAAACUAUUUUGAAAUUAUUGAAUGUUGAAAUUGUGAAUUAUUAAUGAAAUGAAGAUAGCUAACUGUUUUGUAAUGGAAUUCAACUGAAAUCCAGUGUAUGGAAUUAUACCAUCCCAAGUAUUUUGUGAACUCUUACAGUAAUUAACUCUGAAUGGUGUGGUUCCUUAAUUUGCCAAAAUAGAUGAGAGUAGGAAGUAGGGGCUUGGGGUUUUUUCUAGGGCAAGUAGGCGAGGAAACCUGCAAAUCUAUAUUGUAUUAUUUGAAAAGUGGGUUCUUGUGAUUAAACUGCAAGUGUGUAUUUUUAGAUGUGAAGCCCAUUCUGCUUGCCACUAGUCUGAAAAUUUUGAAGUACUGGUAUGAGAUUCUGUGCACUUUUAAAUGUUACUGAGCUGUGAGCCAUCCACUUCAUUAUAUAAUCAGUGCAUUACUUAAAUGUCAAACCAGCUUAAAACUUCUGUAAGCGGGCAGGUAAAAAUGUAAAAACCUAGUUGUGGCAAAAUUACCUUACGUGCUUGUUCGUUCACUCUUGCAGAAUGCAUACUUUAGGAAAUGUUCUAUAUAAAUGUUUCCAUCAGUCACAGGAACAGUAGCUAUUUCUUCCUUUAUCAUUCAAUACUUCAACUGUGAAUUUUAUAUUCUUUCAACUUUGUUGUACAACAACCCUAAUUUUUAACUAUUGUAUUAGAAAACAGUUUCGUGCACAAACAAGUAGCUGCUGCUUCUGGGUAUUUUGUGUUAGUUUACAUUACAGUGAAGUAGAUGCACGACUUGUGUAUGUAUAGAUAAGCCAACAAUUUUCUGUGUAUUAUGGGGACUAGCAAAAUCUACAUCACAAAUUUUGACACAUUACAGCUGAAGGAAGAGGAACAGCGUGCAAGACAAGAUACGUUCUUCAAGGAAAGAUGCUUGUCCAGCAGUUUGCUUCAUGUGAUUGAACUGAGCCUGUAAGGAUUCAUGGAUAAAAUGAACAGGAAUAGAUCUGAAUAAAGCAAAUCUGCAUACAUGGUAACCAGUAGCUCUUUUACUUUUUUAUGUUGCUUAACUGUUUUAUUUGAGGGAAACCUGUGUGAUUUAAACCUUAUAGCUUUUGCAACUUUAUUACUGGUUAUAUACAUUUGGCAGUUAUAAUGUGCAAGCAAUUGGAAAAAGUCAAGUAAAUGCUUGUUUUUAUAGUAGUUUGUUCAUGUUAAACUGUUCAUAUGAUAAUGUCUGUACACAGCACCACUGAUUACAGUAGAUGUAGUGUUGUAAUAAACUGUUUAAUGGGG